GAAGAGUGCCAAGAGAAGGGGUCGCAUUCUCCAGUGAAGCUUUCGCUGUGGCAAGUUGCCCACUUUAUAACUUUACCUUGAACUGUUCUGCUUUUUUUAGAUUCUUUUAGAUACUUUUCAUAAUAUGACUUUGCAUUUGUGCUUUAAAUUUUAAAGUACCUGCUCUAGAAGGACCACAGAUGUACAACUACUCAUACUAAAUUAGAAAGAAAAGUAGAUAUAUAUUGAGAGAAUAAUGAAUAAUGUAAGAUUUGUACUGAUGUCUAUAGCUAACUUUGGCUAUAAAUGCAUUUCUAUCAAAGAUGAUGAUUAGUUCCAUAUUGGUUGAAUGUUUUAUUUGUAUUUUUUAUGUUUUUUUUACUUUCAAAUAGACACUAUUUACUUUUUUUAUAAUGUUUGAUAGCUAAAAUUGUUAGGUGUUCAGUGGAAUGUACACUUUCGGAAAGUAUUCACUUGUGAAUGGAGAACUGAUUUUGAAUUUUUGAGCCAAAAUAUCUGAAUUUUAAACAUUUGCCAGAUUAAGUUUGUAGAUAGCUUGGUUGUAUUGGACUACAUUUAUUUUGCUUUAUUUCUAACUAAAAAUCUAAUUGGAUUUAAAAAAAAACUAAAUAUAUGUUAUAUUUAAUUUGUUUUCCUACAUAUUAUGCAGAGUAUGAAUUAAUGGGUUUUCAUACAGUAGUAAAUUGUAGCUAUUAUUGACCCAUAUUAUUUAAUAUUUAAUGUUUCACAUGUGCAUAUAAACAUUAUUUUAAUCUUUGAGUAAUUUAUUAUUAUUAAUAAUAAUUCUAGCAGGGUAUUUGUAUUGAUGUAACUAUUAGUAUUUAUGUUUUUCACUGAAAGGCAAGUUCAUUUUUUAUCUGCCUAAUUUUAUAAGCGCACUAUACCCUACACUUUAUAAAAAUUCAGCUACUGAGAAGAUACACAGUUUUUUAAUACUUUGCAUUUUGACACACUGACUUGGAUUCUCCAUUUUACAGAUUAUAAACCAUGGGAGACUGGAGCUUCUUGGGGAAUAUUUUGGAGGAGGUGAAUGAACACUCUACUGUGAUUGGUAGAGUCUGGCUGACGGUCCUGUUUAUUUUUCGGAUCCUUAUCCUAGGAACAGCCGCAGAGUUUGUAUGGGGUGAUGAACAGUCCGAUUUUGUGUGCAACACCCAGCAGCCAGGUUGUGAAAAUGUCUGCUAUGAUGAGGCUUUUCCUCUCUCCCACAUUAGGCUGUGGGUCUUGCAGAUCAUCUUUGUCUCCACGCCAUCGCUGGUGUAUGUGGGGCAUGCGGUCCACCACGUUCGGAUGGUGGAGAAAAGAAAGGAGAGAGAAGAAGCAGAAAUGAGCAGGCAGCAGGAGAUGAAUGAAGAACGGUUGCCUCUUGCUCCUGAUCAAGGAAGUAUCAGGACCACCAAAGAAACUAGCACCAAGGGAACAAAGAAGUUUCGCUUGGAAGGAACACUCUUGAGAACCUACAUUUGUCACAUCAUCUUCAAAACACUUUUUGAAGUGGGGUUUGUCGUGGGCCAUUAUUUUCUGUAUGGUUUCAGGAUUCUUCCCCUGUACCGUUGCAGCCGGUGGCCUUGCCCUAAUAUUGUGGACUGUUUUGUUUCUAGACCUACUGAGAAAACUGUGUUUAUCUUGUUCAUGUUAGCAGUGGCUGCCGUGUCGCUUUUCCUAAAUGUAGUAGAGAUCAGCCAUUUGGGGUGGAAGAAGAUUCGUCUUGCUUUCCACAGGAAUGCUGAUCACCAGCCACACCAGCUCCUGGGUGAAGUGACUGAGAAACCUUUGCAUUCCAUUGCCAUCUCCUCCCUCCCAAAGUCCAAGGGUUACAAGCUAUUGGAGGAAGAAAAGGUUGUUUCCCAUUUCUAUCCAAUGACUGAAGUUGGAUUGGAGGCGAGCCCACUUCCUACUCAUUUUAAUGGGUAUGAUAAAAGCAGCACAGGCCUUCUAGAAGACAUCUCCAAGGCAUAUGAUGAAACCCUGCCAUCCUAUCGUCAAGCUGAAGAGCAAGAGGCAGUGAAAGUGCAGGUGGCUGAGACCCUAGAACAGGCAACCUCUGAGCGUACCCCUUCAGUGAGAGCCCCUUCGGUGCGUGCACCCUCUGACCGUGCCCCCUCUGAAAGAGCAGUGUCUCGUGCUGUUUCUGAGUAUGCAGUUUCAGAAAGAGCUCCCUCUGAGCGUGCACCAUCAGUCCGAAUACCUUCAAACAAUGCGCUCUCUGAAAGAGCACCAUCUGAGAGAGCUCCUUCCCGUGCUGCCUCUGAUCAUGCCCCAUCUGAGCGUGCACCAUCUGAGCGAGCUCCCUCCCGUGCUGCCUCUGAGCAUGCUCCUUCUGAGUGUGCACCCUCUGAGCGAUCUCCCUCCCGUGCACCCUCAGACAAUGUCCCUAUUGAGGGUGCACCCUCUGAGAGAUCUCCUACACGAGCACCCUCUGAUUAUACCCCUAUUGAGUGUGCACCAUCUGAACGUGCAGUUUCACGUGCUGCCUCUGAACAUGCACCUUCUGAGCGUGCACCUUCUGAGCGUGCACCUUCAAGGGCAUCCUCCGAGCAUGCACCACCUGAGCCAAUACCUCCACAAGCAUCACCUUUACCUGAGCUCUUAGAUAGCCCACCUUAUUUGAAAUCAGAACCAGCAUUACCAGAUCUUACACCAUCUCAAAUUAUUCCUACUGAGUAUAUUCCCUUAUCACCAGCACCCUGUCAGGCAUUUAAUGAGUGCUCGCCCUCUCAAGCUGCAGUUGAACAAAUCCCAUAUGAUCGUGCUCCAUCUAGGGCUUUCUCAGACCACACUGGCUCGGAACAUGGAUUUCCAGAGCCUGGUGUUUGUGAGCCAGAUCUUCCAGGCCCUGAGGUGCCAUUGCUAUGUGUCGAAUUAAUCCCAGAUUCUAGAUCUCUGAGCAGGUUAAGCAAAGCAAGCAGCAGAGCCCGUUCAGAUGACUUAACAGUAUGAAUUGAAAGAACAUCUAGAAAAAAUAAAACCAAAUAUAACCAUUUUGGAUAUUGAGCUGACGAGAGUUCUCUGCAGGUAAAAAGUACAGGCUGUCCUUCAGCUCCCCUGUACUUGGGUAAAAUGUACAGAUAAACUUUAGUGUUCCAUUUUUACAGUAAGGUUAGAUUUGUCAUUUGUAGAAAAUGGAAGGAGCUGUAGAAAUUACAUGUCCAUUUUCUGGUGUAAAAUCUUUCAAAAAUAAGGGGGCUAAUGUGCAACAUUUUAUUGGUCAAUGUUUUUUAGGCAGUGAGCUAUAACACAGUGUCACAAUCGAUUCCAAAAUAGUCAAGCUCUAAAAAUUAUCCCUCCAUUAUUUGAUCUAAAUAUGAAAACAGGGUAAUUAUGAGCCCUAGAAUUAUAGAAUAUAUAGAUAUUCUGGAUAUAUUCAGCAAUCUUAGAAAAAAAAAUCCCACACCCCCUUCCCCCAAAAAAGGAAGAAAAAAAUGCUUAAUAUAUUAGUAUUCAUUUUAGACAGUCAUAUUAUUGUAAGACUCAUAAGACCAGUUACGAGGCCAAGAAAACAUCAAUAAGUAAAAAAAAUAAAAUGAUAAUAAGCUAUUAUCUCAGUUAAAUAGACGGGUUUUGUUCACCAAACAUGCAAUUAAUAAAAACAGACAGAAAUAUCUUAAUUUCUCGUUGUAGUGGUUAGUUAGUAAAUAGGAUUAAAAGAAUAAGAAUGUUAAAAUGUUACAGCGCACAAGUCAAACAAACCAAUCCCUGAAAUUUUUACCCCACAACAGUAUGUGUUUUGCUCCGUUGGAGUCGUUUGUUUUUUGUGAAUGCACAAUGUUAGUCACCAAAGCAUUUCUUUUUUCUCAGUGGCUGUAAUUUUUCUCCGGAUUCAAGAUGUAACUUCAAGUUGUGUUCAAUGUCACUGUAACGCAGCACAAAAGGCAAAGAAAAAAAAAAAGAAAAAAAGGUAGAGGCAGAGGAAUUCUGUAUUUUACGUGUUAAGAAAGAAAAGAAAAAAAAUGAAAAAGAAAAAAAACAAAUAAAAAAAUAACAAAUAAACUCAUAAGGAAAAUAAAACCACCAAGUACAGAUUUCUAAACAUGAUGAAAUGAACGAAAAUGGGUGUCACUGUGUCACCCAUUCUAACGAUUUCUUUUUCAUUUCACAGUCAGGCUUUUAUACCUCAAAAUUCUACAAUCUCAAAUGAUUUUAAAGAUACAUGAAAAUUUAUAUAUAUUUAUAUAUAAAUAUAUUUGAAUAAAUAAAUGCAUCCAUAUAUUGGGAAAGACCUUUGGAAUAUUUGGGCUUUGGAAGAUGCCAAACUGAGUAUAUGGGUGAUAUUUUAAGAUGUUUACAAAAACAAUUAAGAGAAUGUGUUGUAUAUCAAGGCGUAGAUGCAAGCGACUGCCAUUCUAUAAAAUGAAACAGCAAAGAACGGAAGGGUAGAAGUUUUAAGAAACGUGCAAUCAGGACAGUGACAAUCGUAUAGCAUGGAAUUGUGCAAAUCAUUACGUAUUUGCAAAACUGCUUUUUGUUGUGUUUCUUUUGUUGUGUUUUGUUUGCUGUUUGUUUGAGAGGUACACUGAGGUAUCAAUUAUGUAAAAAAAAAAAAAAAUUUAAAAAAAGGAUCUAAAGUCAUAAGUGGGCUAUACUAGAUUAAGGGACCCUUAUCUGACUAAAUUUACAAAUGAGGGGAGCUAUAUUUUGAUAUCAUGCUUGGCCAGUGUUGUGACCAAAGAGUGCAGGGUGGCAGGAGGCCUAGAUUAAAGACCAAACGACGUGUGCUCCAGAAACGCAUGUUCAAUGUGGCCAGCAAAUGUUGAUUUUUGUUGCUGCUGCAUGUGGAUAAAUAUACACGGCAUCAUGAUAUACACUUCAAUAUUUGUGAAAAUUGUACUCUGGCUCUAUAUUAGAGAUUAUUGGAUCUGAUGCUCAGUAAUAGGUAAAACUGGCCAGUAAAGACCACAUCAGAUAUAACAUAAAUAAGAUAGAUAACCUGAAACUGAGAACUUUUGAAGAAGAUAUAUAUAUAUAUAUAUAUAAUAGAUCACUUUGUAAUUGAUGGAUAAGUUAACCCGUAGAUGUUUAAAAGGUGGUUCACAGAUAUAUUGAAUGAUAUUUUAAAUUGACUGAGAUGUGAUAGAGCUGUAUACCACCGUGAUUGGAUGGAGAGAGCUUCAUACCACCAGGAUUUGGAUGCUGGGAGUUGAGCAUACAUUACUCUGAAUAACACCUAGCAGUAGAUGGAGGAGAUAAAAUACUACCUAGCUUUGGCUUCAAGAAAAUGUAGAGUUCUGUCUUUGGAGCAAAGGGUAUAGGUGUAGACUCCUUGUCCUAUUUACUUGGAGCUAUUGAGUCAGGGAUCUGUAGAUCAUCUGGCAGGAGAUGCAGGGAGCUGUGAAUGCCAGGGGUAGUAGGCCAUCUGGCUAUGGAUACAGGUAGCUGAGGAUGCAGGAUGCUGUAGACCAUCUGGGUGUGGAUGCAGAUAGCUGAGGAUGCAGGAUACUGUAGACCAUCUGGCUGAGGAAGAAUGAUUCUGUAGACCAUCUGGCAUUGGAUGCAGGUACGCUGUAGACCACCUGGUCAAGGAUGCUGGUAGUUUAGGAUGCAGGAUGCUGUAGAUCAUCUGGCUGAGGAUGCAGGAUGCUGUAGACCAGAAUACCUGUGGAUGAAGGUAGUUGAGGAUGCAGGAUACUGUAGACCAUCUAGUUGAGGAACAAGGAUUCUGUAGACCAUCUGGCUGUGGAUGCAGGUACGCUGUAGACCACCUGGCCAAGGAUGCUGGUAGUUUAGGAUGCAGGAUGCUGUAGAUCAUCUGGCUGAGGAUGCAGGAUGCUGUAGACCAGAAUACCUGUGGAUGCAGGUAGUUGAGGAUGCAGGAUACUGUAGACCAUCUAGUUGAGGAACAAGGAUUCUGUAAACCAUCUGGCUGUGGAUGCGGGUAGUUAAGGAUGCAGGAUACUGUAGACCAUCUGGCUGUGGAUGCAGGUAGCUGUGGAAGAAGGAUUCAGUAGUCCAGCUGGCUGAGGAUGCAGGAUACUGUAGAUCAUCUGGUUGAGGAACAAGGAUUCUGUAGACCAGUGGUUCCCAACCCAGUCCUCAAGUACCCCCUAACAGUCCAGGAUUUAAUGAUUACUCAAUUGUGUCUAAGGUGUUUUGGGGGAAAAAAUAAAAACACUUUAGACACAACAGGGUAAUCCCUAAAUCCUGGUCUGGUAUGAGGUACUUGAGGACUGGGUAGACUAUCUGGCUGAGGAUGCAGGAUACUGUAGACCAUAUGGCUGUGGAUGCAGGUAGCUGAGGAUGCAGGAUACUGUAGACCUUCUGGCUGUGGAUGUUGGAAACUCUAUACCAUCUGAUUCUGCAUACAGGAAAAUUAUACCACCUGCCUGUGGAUACAGGGAAUUCUGGAUGCAGAAAGCUGUAUAACUCCUGAUUUUGAAUGCAGGGAUCUGCAGAAAAAUGGAUUUGAGGGUAGGGAGUUAUAGAUGCUGUGUGCUGUAGACCAUCAAGCUUUGGGGCAGGUAUCUGUAGACGUCUUGUUGUGGAUGCAGGCAGCUGUAGACCAUCUAGCUUUGGAGGCAGACACUUGAGGAACCUGUAGACCAUCUAUGUAUAAGAGGAGUUCUGGAUGUAAACUAUAGACCAGCAGCAGAACCACAGGUUGACCUGUUCCGACUCUAAGGAUGUUAAAAUACAGGAGCUGUAGAAGUUGCAAAUGUGCAAAUCCUAGGCCCCUAAAUAGUACUUGAUAGACCCCUAGAGAUGUACCCUGGUCGAAUAACGAGUGUCAGUCAGGAACAAUAGGCAUGUCUUGGUAUAGUAGUGCCAGUUUAGACUUUGUUUAACAUGUCAUAAUGUAUAACCAGUGUCUAAUUACUUUGAUCUUCUUUUUUCUUUCUCUAUCUUGUUUCCACAUCUGGGGAAAUCUUGGGAACGGCUGUGAGCUUAAAUCCUAGGUAAGUUAAGUGUCCAUUGUAAGUAAAUAAAUUAAAUUAAAGUUUGUUCUUAUAUUUAAAAACAUUGAUAAAAUCACCAGAGGAUAUUUUGCGAAUCUUUUACUCAUAUAAAACAUUCUAUAUUUAAAUAAAGUGCACAUAUAUAGGAGUGGGGGAGAUAUCUUGAGGUGCAAUAAUGUUGGGGUUGGGGGGAAUAUAGCAUUGGGGGGACAGGGAUAUAAACACAAUUGAUGGAGUUAGAUGGUGGCACCAGGUAUGUCAAAUUAGAAAACAAAUCCACCCAAAUCCACACUUGCUUGCAAUAUACAUAGUACAUGAUGUAGGAAUAGGAGAGAUAAAGCUGUGCAAGGAAAUGGCAAUAAAUAUGGGGGGGAAGAACUUUUACUUAAAGGGACACUAUAGUCACCAGAACAGCUUUAUCUUAAUGAAUCAGUUUUAGUGUACAGGUCAUACCCCUGCAGUCUCAUUGUUCAAAUAUCUGCUAGUUAUGAGUUCAAUUAGGAGUUAAAUAACUUUGUUUAUGCAAUCCUAGUCACACCUCCCUGCAUGUGACUUUAACAGCCUUCCUAAACACUUCCUGUAAAGUGAGAUCUAAUGUUUAAACUCCCUUUAUUGCAUGCCUGCUUAAUUUAGAAUUUCAUACUUCUUGCUCUGUCAGUAGCCUGCUAGACCUUGUAGGAGCCUCUUGUAAGUGAUUAAAGUUCAAUUUACAGAGCAGGAGAUAAACAUUUCUAAAGCAAGUUAACAUAUGAUUGAAAAUGAAACCUUUUUCUUAUGCAUGUUGAGUCAAAGCCAGGGGAAGUGUGGCUCAGGCAGAAAGAAAAGUGAUUUAACUUCUUCAUGGCAGAGAAUUAAGCAGUGAGACUGCAGGGGCAUGAUCUAUACACCAAAACUGCUUUAUUAAGCUAACAUUGUUUUGGUGUCUGGGCGUGGAGCUCCAACUCCAAGUGGGCACUCCUUGAGCUGGCUGGGAAAUUGAAAGAUCUACCUGCAUGGCCCCACACUCCCUCACUUCACAGAGGAAGUGUUGUGCUCUGUACCAAUAUUUACCAAUACAGACCGCUUUAAGAGGGCAUCGGCAGUCCUCUGGUACUUCUCCAUGACUCCAAAAGCCUGAACCGUGAGGACAUUGUUAAAGUGAACUGCAUCUAAUAUUGGUGCCGAUCCCGAAAUCCCCCUCUGGACCACCAGGGAUCAAGCUCACACUUGACUGGAUCACCAAGGAAGAUCUCAGAGUUGAGGGUAGAACAUACACACACAUACACACACCACUCAUUCAGCUACCACACAUACAUCUCUCAACCAGCGCAAACAGACAUAGAGCCUCCCCAUACAUCUCUUAUUCUUCUCCAGACAAUUUCACACACAACACUCAGCAACCACCACAGACACAUCAAUCACCGUAACAGAGUCCAGGGCUCCAGAAAGCACCCAAUCUAUCACCCUGCCUUGGGCCCCAUGCAACCUAAUGUUCUGCACACACUAACACUAUACACAAAACACACAUAUAGAAACUACACACACAUAAAUCCAUGCAUUCAAACAUCUGAACUGCACUGAAUGUAUUACUUACUCAUACUAUAAAAAACAUUCACACUGACACUAUCAUGGGUAUUUACUCAGCACACAGCCUGAAUUUCAGAAUUUCAGUGAUAACUCCUGAUUUCCCCAGAAUUGUAUAUGUGGUGUUUAUUUAGAACAACUAAACAGUUAAUUCAGAGAAUUGUAUCAAAUAUGAUCAUCUGGCUAAAACUUAGCAUAUAAUUAGUCUGAAUAGGGGCCAUCAAUAAAAUCUUGUUGUUGUAAUGAUAGUUGUGUUACCAAAUGCUGAUAGGCUGGUUAUGUUAUGUUUGUGGUUUUGAACAGGGCAAUGCAUCUAAUUGGGUCAGGAAUUGAGUAAAUGGGAGUGAUAUAGGCAGAAGCAAUCAUAUCAGGACGCUUUGGGUGACCAACUGAGUUGAUUUGGAUUAGGUUCUGAUUUGGAACCAAUUUAAUUUGGAGGCAGCUUUGUAAAUUACAGAUAGAAAAACUUGUAAAUUAGUUCUACGAUUUAUACUCCUAAUUGCCCUGAAAACUUACCAAUUUAUUGUUUUCAAUUUUGUAAAAUAAUUCUUAAUGUCCUUUUCUGUUGAGCUUAUUCUGAGACUACAUUGAGCAUCUUGCGAGCAUGCAUAUGUACGCCUGAACACGCAAUUCUAAUAUAAGAGUUAACCCCUUAAGGACACGACAUGUGUGACAUGUCAUGAUUCCCUUUUAUUCCAGAAGUUUGGUCCUUAAAGGGUUAAAGGGACGCUAUAGUCACCAAAACAACUUUAGCUUACUGAAGCAGUUUUGGUGUACAGAUCAUGCCCCUGCAGUCUGCUUAUAAAUUUUCUGCUAUUUAGGAGCUAAAUGCCUUUGAUUAUGUAGCUAUAGUCACACCUCCCUCCAUGUGAAUUGCACAGCAUUCCCAAAGACUUCCUGUAAAGAGUCAUCUAAUGUUUAUACUUCCUUUAUUGCAAAUUCUGUUUAAUUUGGCAUUUCUCAUCUUCUGCUCUGUUUAUAGUUUGCUAGACCUUGCAGGAACCUUCUGUGUAUGAGUAAAAUGUUCAAUUUACAGUGCAGGAGACAAAAAUAUUUAAAGUAAGUUACAUCAGAAUAAAAAUAAAACCAUCUUGUCUCAUGCAAGCUGUGUCAGUCACAGCCAGGGGAGGUGUGGCCUUGGCAGCACAAUCAGAAACAAAAGUUAUUUAACUCCUAAUUCACAGAGAAUUGAGCAGUGAAACUUCAGAGGCAUGAUCUAUACACAAAAACAGCUUCAUAAAGCUAAAGUUGUUUUGGUGACUAUAAUGUCCCUUUAACCCCUUAAGGACACAUGACAUGUGUGACAUGUCAUGACUCCCUUUUAUUCCAGAAGUUUGGUCCUUGAGGGGUUAAGGAAAUUUAUGCUUUUUAUCUCAUAUUUUAUAAAGUGCAAAAAUAAAUCUAGAUGCAUAAUUUCAAGGAUUCAAGGAUCCAGCCUUGAAUGUCUUAUUAAAACAUAACGUAUUAAUAAAUAUGUGGAGAAGCCCUUUGGCCACUAUGAUCAGACAGGAUACCAACGUAAAGGGGGUCAAGUCUCUCAAUGGGGAAACCAAGGUCUCCCUUUUUGCAGAUGAUGUCCUCCUUACUCUGACGGACCCGAUGGUUUCAAUUCCAUCGGUACUGGAUGUUAUAUCGAACUAUAGUAGCUUUUCGAACUAUAAGGUCAAUAUGAAAAAAAAACUAAUUUUAGCCUCUUUUUUAUCUGAGACUCAGAAAGAUUUUUUGACAGCACAUUUCCAAUUCUCAUGGGCAAACGAUACUAUUGGUUAUUUGGGGAUUAAAAUAUCUUUUGAUAUAGAGAGGAUGAUACAAUCAAACUAUGAUACAUUACUAAGAGAUUUGCAACAACUGGUAGACACUUGGAGGAAGAUUGAGUCCUCAUGGAUAGGAAGAUUAAAUAUGAUCAAGGCAUUUCUGAUACCUAAACUUAUAUAUUAUUUUAGGGCGAUUCCUUAUAGACUGGGGAAAGGUAUUCUUAACCGUUUUCAAACUUUGAUUUCCAAAUGUAUUUGGGCUAAUAAACCACCUAGGAUAGCUUUUGAUACUCUUCGAAGGAGCUACCAGAAGGGCGGUAUAGCAUUUCCAGAUGUUGAUAAAAUCCAUGAAGCAUGUAUGGCGACUCAUCUUUUACAGUGGCUAGACAAGGAACGGGGAUCUAUAUCAUGGCUUACUCUAGAACAGGAGGAUAGCCCUAGAUAUAAAUUGUUUGUUCUUUUUUGGAUGGGUUUGCUAAAUUUGGGUGAAUUGGAUAUCAAGAAUUUUUCGAAUCGAAUAUUGAUAGAUAUGAUUAAUACUUCUAGAAUUCUAAAUAAAAAAUUGAAGCUAGAAGAUAAAUUAUUAUAUAGAGUUCCAUUAGUGGUCCUACAACAUAUAAUGGAUAAUAUAAAUGUUCAAUCUUGGACACACCUAGGCCUAACGAAGAUCUCGGACUUAUGGGAUGGAUUUAAACCCAUCCCAUUUAUACAACUGCAAGAAAAGUUUAAUCUUUCCCCUAGAGAUCUUUUUCAAUAUCUAAGGAUUAAGAAUUUUAUUCUAUCUUGGACUAUACUUAAGGACCACAUUGUUAAUCCCCUUACUGUAAUAUAUAAAAAGAAGGGAGGGAUUUCUAGAUUCAUUAAGGUGCUAGAAUCAACGGAACAAGACUCUCAUGUUACCUCCUUUGUUAAAUGGGAACAAGAUAUUGGGGAAUCCUUUUCACUUCCGGAAUGGUCCAAAGCUACACUCCUAGUUAAGCGCUGUAUACAUAGCGUUUCUCUUUAUGAAACACAUUUAAAGAUAAUAUAUAGGUGGUAUAUGGUACCGGCUAGACUAUAUAAAAUAUCAUCUGUCCACUCUAAGUAUUGUUGGAGAUGUGGAAAUGAGGAGGGUACUAUUUACCAUAUAUGGUGGGAGUGUCAUGGUCUUGAUAGUAUAAAAAUUCAAAUGUUUGGCCUUAUUAACUCUAUCUUUAAGGAGAUAAAAGAGAUUAGCCCUCAACUUUUUCUCUUUAAUAUUGGUUUUCCUUCGCAAGAUAAAUAUCAAAAAUAUCUUUUGACCCAUAUAUUUUUUGCCAUCAAAAUAUGUAUAGCUAGGGCUUGGAAAUCCUCUACUCCAUUAAUAUGGCAUAAUAUUAUGGAGCAAAUAGAUUAUCAACAUAGGAUGGAAAUAAACCCUUUCUUUGGUAUUAGAGACGUGACCAAAUUAUGGUUACCCUGGACAAAUAGACAGAACUCAUGAUAACAUAUUGUGGUUCCCCCCAUAUCGAGUCUCAGAAGAUGUAAUUUAUUUGUACUAUAAUUUUUCAUACUUUAUAUUUAUUUAUUUAUUUACUCAUUUUCUUUUCUUUUUCUUUUUUUUUUUUUUCUAUCAAUGUGAUAAUUAUAUUAUGGAAAAACCUGGCGUUAAUUCCUCUCGAUUACGAUUGGUAGUGGACAAAUGUAGCUGAUUGUAAUAUACAUCUGUACUAUAUGUGGAAUCAUUCGAUGCUUGAUUUCUUAUUAUAUGUGGAAUCAUUCGAUGCUCGAUUUUUUAUUUUUUUUUUUACAGUGUCUUAUUACCAUAUACUGCCAGCUUAUCUAUGCUAUUAACAGCUAUAUUGAUGGUUUAUUUUACUUAUAUUUAUUUUUUUUUUUCUUCUUCUUCUUGUUUUUUGUUGUUUGUUUGUUCAAUUUCUGUUGUUUUUUUUAACAUUUAUUUCUGUAUAUGGUUGUCUUAAUGUGCUGGAGGUUUGCCUUUGGGGUACCUCACAUGCAAAUGUUAAAAAAAAUUUUUAUAUGACAAAUAAAGAAAUAUAAAAAAAUAAAUAAAUAAAUAAAUAUGUGGAGAAGCCAAUAGAUUUCACGCUCUAAAAAUUCCUCUAGUAAAUUAAGACUAUUUAAUUGACACAUAAUUUGCCCAUUAGAUGUAUUAUUCACACCAGUUGCAAUUAAUAUGUUUCUUCUAUGCAUGAAGUAUGAAGAACAUUGGUUUGUGCAUUUUAUCAGUAAUUGAUGACAUGAAAUAGUAAUAUUGUCUGUAGCAAAAAUUUAUUUUCAAUGGAUUAUUUUUUAAUUUUUUUUUUAAAAUGACAAAAAUGUAUUUAUUUAAGAAGCAGAAGUAGCCUACGUUCUAUAAAUAUUUAAAAACUGGUAGCUUUUUAUUUAAAAACAAAAUAAGAGUAGCGACGUAUAUGUCAGUUUUGCUAGAAAAUCUGUGACAUAUAGUAAUGCCAGUUAAGGGUUUAUCUGCCUGUCCUUGUGUGAUAAUUUCAAUGGUUUUGUAUACGUUGUGGUGUGCUUAUAGUCCUUGUCUUCAGGAGUCACCUUUUUGUAUACAGUCUGUUCAUAAUAACAGCAGGCAUCCUGGUCUAUUGGUUUCCUAUGACUGGAUGGACGUCUAUUUAUUGAUUUUUCGGUUCUGAAGGUUUGACCUGUUAAAUUAUGUCCGUAGCACCCUAUGUAUCUAUCCUGCACUAUGUAGUGCUCUGAUUCAUCAGUCUGUGUGGAUCUUUUUGUAAGUGCAUUGUUGCAAAAAGAAAAAAGUUGGAAGCUCAAAAUUAUAUUAAAUCUGGGGCAAUAUCAAGGGGGUAACCCUAACUAUCUGCUGAGGGGGAUUGUUACCUGACAAGUAAUUUGGAAUCUAAAAAGUUGAACUGGUUGAUUUGUCUAAUGAAUGAAAUUGAUAUCUACUAAAUGCAACAAUAUUGUCUGUGCUUAGAUUUAUAUUGAGAGUAUACAAGCAAUUGCAAAGAAGUUUUGAAAAAGAAGUGGUAGUAUAGUUAAUAUAAACUGAUGAUAUAAAUUGUACUGUAGCUAGAGACAGUUAUGUAUGUGUGAGUAGUGGGAAAGAUAGAUGUAGAGACGUAUAGAUAUGACUACAAUCGUAUAGAAUAGACCAAUUAGGGCGCACUCUGACUAAUGUCUAGAGAGUAUACCGGUAUAUAAAGAUUCUAAUAAACCAUACAUAACUGCCCCUUAUUCAGUCCUAGCUCCGACUGAGAAUUUAAUGAACAACAUACAUAAGCUGUAUACUAAUAGGUUAAUAACAGGAUUGCCGCUGAUAUGGUGAUAGUUGAUAUAGAAAGAAAAUAUUGGAUUUCUAAAUGUAGAAUCCAUACCUUAGUAAGCACAUUGACAAAUCUCUGCAAAAUCUCUGAGUAGUUGCCAAAAAUAGGGUAUUAGGCUAGGUUCCUGUCACUGUGCCUUUGAGGGCACCUAAGCUGAUAAAGACCUAAGUAUAGAGUCUAUGUUGCAUAUAACUGCAAAAUUAACUAAUAGCAGUUUAAAUGGAAACCUAUCAGAUAACUGAAUCUAUACUAUGAUAGAUCAAGAUUUAAAAGGUUCACAGACAAAACAGACACUUGCUUACCCCACUAAUAUCAUAUAAAUAUAUAAACAUCUCAUUAUCAAUGGUAGUCGUAUAGUAUAUCAUGCAGUGGAUAAGGUAGUCUCUUGUAGAAACCCCAACGUGCAUUUCGCUGAUAAGCGGCUCUUCAAGGGGGAUUGUAAGUGCAUUGUUGUUCCGUUCCAUGAUGUGAUUGUAUUUAUUGUGUUUUUUGCCACAGAUGAAUUCCAUUAAUUUUUUCCUUACGGACAUAUUAAUAUUAAAGGGACACUACAAACACAGAGAACUUGCCGAAAUGCUUUAUGUAUGAAGAGUGGUUUUUCACAUUUCACAAAAAGUACAGAUUUCAAUUGAAAUGUACACUUUUAUAAAUUAAUCUGGUUACACCCCCCCUAGCUGUCAGUCAGACAACCGGUCCUGUUACUUCCUGGUUUGGUUAACUCAGUGGAGCUAAACUCAAGAGGCAGCAAUUGCCCAGAGGACCUGCCUUGCAAAGACUUCUCAUUGAGCUGCAUUGGGAAGUCUGUGAUUGGACAGCCACAGAAAGUCUGGGCACGGUUAGAAGGCUGCACACAAGAGAUUUUCUGCUUUUACAAGCUGCUCUUAGACAUUCUCCCAGUGAACAAAACACAUAAUUAAAUGCAGGCAAGUGUUCAUUUAGGGUAUAGAUACUAAAUCAUUUUUUGUGGGCCAGUGGAAUGUCCCUUUGAGGCACUGUUAAAGAUAUUUGAAUGAUAUAUUGCCAGUUAUAUUACCUUAUUCACCUCUAUUUCAGUGGUGACUUGACAGAUGAGUGGUAGAAUUUAGGUUUCGCUAGGUUUAGAAGCCUUUUAUCAAUUAUUAACCCCUUCAUUGUCAACAACACAUUAGGACAGCAACAAGUGAUUUGUCUGUGCCAGGCAAUAAUGUGGUUAAAAGAACACAAAACUAUUGUACUGUAUUAAUAUGGUGGUUUUGAUACACAGACUCUGUCCCUGCAGUCUGACAAAGGUAAACAUUGCUGUCUGUGAUAUUUAGCUAUGUCAAUCACUGUGCCUAUGGUGAUGUCACUCAGACAGAUGUCAGUCAAUCCAUCAGUCAGUCCCUCAGGCGCCAAAGUUACUUCUUCUUAGAAGAGAAGCCUCAGAUUGAUCGAGUGCUACAGUGCCCAACACUGGAUGAAAGAUGAGUAAAUGCAGUAUAUUUUAUUUAAAAAGAAAGAGGACAUACUCUGAAUGCUAAGAAACUGCAACAUUAAAAAAAUGCAAUGUAACAUUAAAGGGUUACUUCAACACUUUUUAAAUAAAUCCAAUUUUCACUUUGUAAGCCUACAUAUGUUUUAGCAAUUUCUCCCCCCCCGUAAAACCCUGUAAACUAAGAAUAAACUGCCUCUUUUGUGAGGUCCAAACAAAUGUUUCUGUUAGAGAAGCAUCUGAUUGCACCAUUCCCCCUGUCUCAGAGUGCAUGCACACACUCUGAGUCAUGAAGGGGAUAAAGGAAGGGAGUGGAGUGGUGGACACGGGGUGCGAUUUAAGUGCUGCCUGCAAGGGAGAAGCUUGUUACAUCUGUAAUUUUUGCACAGAAUUGAUAUUGAUACUGUCCUCUGUUCCAGGCUGCCUAAUUCAUGAAUGUUGGGUGUUCAGCAAGCCCCCUGCACAAAAAGGGGAAGCAGAAACGCUGCACAUACAGAUUCCUACCACCAUGACCACUUCAAAAAGCAGAAUGGGUCAUGAAGGUUGGAGUAACCUGUUAAAAAUAUUUAUUUUUUAAUGUUAUUUUUAAAGGGACACUAUAGUCACCAUAUAACUUUGGCUUAAUGAAGCCAUUUUAGUGUAUAGAUCAUGCCUCUGAAGUUUCACUGCUCAAUUCUCUGCCAUUUACGAGUUUAAUCACUUUUGUUUCUGUUUAUGCAGCCCUAGCCACACCUCCCCUGGUUGUGACUCACACAACCUGCAAAAAAAAAAAAUGGUUUAGUUUUCAAUCAGAUGUUAACUUACUUUAAAAGUUUGUAUCCCCUGCUCUGUAAAUUGAACUUUAAUCACACACAGGAGGUGCCUGCAGGGUCUAGCAAUCUAUUAACAGAGCAGGAGAUAAGAAAUUCUAAAUUAAACAGAAUUUUCAAUAACGGAAGUGUAAACAUUAGAUGACUCUUUACAGGAAGUGGUUAGAAUGGCUGUGUAAGUUACAUGCAGGGAGGUGUGCCUAGGGCUGCAUAAACAUUGUGCUUUAACUCUCUAAAUGACAGAGAAUUGAGCAGUACGAUUGCAGGGGCAUGCUCUACACACCAAAACUGCUUCAUUAAGGUAAAGUUGUUUUGGUGACUAUAGUGCCCCUUUAAUGUUAAAGCUUCUUUAAGCAACAACAUAUUCUGUAGCACUUUCAUUAGUAUUUACCCUCAGUGGUAGUCCCUCUAGGCGGCUCACAGGUAACACAGAUUAUUUGAGAGCAUUGGUGAACUUCAAUAAUUAUUGUAUGAUCUUUUGAUGACUGGCUGUUUAUUUUGUGAAUUUGUAAGACAUUCUCUCUUGCAUUCUGCUACUUUUUAAUUGGCCCUAUUUGGAACUUUGUAAAUUAUCAGAUGCCAAUGCAACAUGCACACACAGCGCUAGAGAUAUUAUUCACAGGAAGCUAAAAGAUUAAAUACGAAUGGGCCUAUUAAAUCUGGCUAUACACAACUCAAUUGUAUCCUGGCUUUCUCUAGGAUUUUAAUGUACAUCCCCCAGAGCUUUUCAGAAAGAAUGAAGGUAUUUGCUGAGUUCAGCGUAUCAAGCUGCUGUGAUUUCAACACACAAUUGUGAUAUACAAUAGGUUUGAAGAGCAGUCAGUGAAAUUGUGCAAUACGGUUUGUAUGCUGAAGAGACUAUUGCUUAAUCUGCAGAUUGUUUAGGAUCAGGAAAUAGCAGUUCUGAUGGACCAAAUAAACCUCUAAAAUAGUGUUGGUAUUUAGCUGGAAAAAUCUUUCAUGUAGAACCCCAAUCGCUUCCCCUAAAACUUACUUUUACACUUGGUUCAGUUCAGUAAAGGUUAGAUAUAAUGAUCGGGGUUCACCAGACCUCAGAUAAGAAAAACCCAAUUUCUCAAGUAGUGGAAACAAAAUCAAGUGAUUAAAAGUAACUCAGAGCUGCAGGUGAUCUUCCCACAAGUCCUCAAACAAAUCAAUUUUUUUCAAAAGCUGGCUGUCCAACUUGAUUGUCAGCUCGGAGUAGCUAUAUACUUUUUGGCAUACAGGUUGUAGUGUAAAUGGUAAGACUAUUCCAACACAUUAAUUUCAGGAACAACACUAGUCAUUCUUGUAUCUCAAGGAGAGCUUCUGGGAGUCUUCACUUGCAUAAUUAGAAGAAGUAGAGGGCCAUGUAGAGGGAGGGUCACAGGUAUCUGAAAUAGAACAAUCGGAUAAAACAAUGGACCUAAAAGGGAGUGGGAAUGAAACUAUUUAAAUGUGACAAAACAGGCAAAUUAAAAUGGAAUGUGGGUGGAAUGGAUCGGAGCAGAGGGAGAAAUGAAGGGAGGGAGGCUGCAAUGGAAUGAAAGUAUGGAGGAAAAUUAAAAGAGACAGGGAUAAUGUCUGAAAUUGAUUAGGGGAAGUUGAAAGGGGACAGGAAUGAGUUAGUCUUUCACUGGCUGAGAAUCAUGAGAGUUAAACCUGAAAAGUUUAUACCUUGAACAAUAACGUUCCUUUAAAACUAAGUCCCCUUAACCAUAGCCGAACACCCUAAAUAAUCGUAACCCUUCCCUGACUCGUGAACCACCAAUCCUAACAUGCUCCCCCAUCCUGACCUCCUCUUAGUGGCAUGGUUUUCAGUAAUGCUACUGUUAAGUAAUGUAGUAGUAGUAAUGUCGCUCUGUUAAGUAGUGUCUUGCAUUUUCAUGCCAACAUCCUAAAUGGUUAUGGAAGUGACAGAGUAACUAAAAAAGAAACAGAUGGAGGGGGUUUGUACAAAACCUCAUGGUGGAUUAGGGGGAUUAGCAAAAAGGACUGAAGGUAUUGUAGGAAAAGAUGGCAUAAGUAAAAAGGACCGGGGGAAUACAAAUGUAGCACAUAAACUUUGGUUUUUAGAAAAUCUUGUGUACCGUACGGCAGAUGUAUUUGAUGCCUUGCAUAAUGAACAAUGACUUCAUAGUAACAAAAAGAUGCAGAGAGAUGUCAUGUUUCUGUAUUAUCUGUUCUUAAACUGCUUCUUCUCCAAGUCAUAAUGUAUUGUUGAAAAUUUUAUCUGAAUUGAUACUUUAGGAAACGCAUUUUACAGAAUUAUAAUGAUUUCCUUUCUGUUUGUCUUUCCCUACAGAUUGUCUUUCUGUUUUUCUUUCUGUUUGCCUUACCCUUUCCCAACCUGCGGUCAGCCGUUCAGCAUCGGAAUCCAGCCCAGGAUGCUGAAUUUUCAUGGUUAUCUGCAGCAAUUCAAAGUUGGGCGUUCAUGUUUACAAAUGACCAUUUCCUGUCUGUACUUGUGCAAACAUACUUCAUACAAACAAACGCACUUACUCAAAUGUUAAGAGAUGAAAAUAUUAACCUGUUUUUAAAACCCAGCAGGUUCAUUGUUGUAUAUCCAUACACGUCAUCAUCAUCAUCAUCAUCAUCUUGUUUUACAAUUGGCUAUGUUAUAAUGUAAAAAGGUUUUAAGAACAAAUGUCAAUUACUGUCCAGACAACAUGAUAUAUCUUUCAAUUAAUUCAUGUAUAAGAAAACACAUGGAAAUAAGAAAAAUGUUUGAAUUUGAACUUUUUCUAUGUUAUUUUGGGAUUGUAUCUCUUUAAAGGGUAGGACCAAUAAUUCAAGAUAAAGAUAAUAUAACUGCUAAAUAAAUAUUUGUAACUAGCUUUUUUAAGCAAACUAAAACAACAGUCAAUCACCAAGCAGACAUUCCUAGCAUGCAAUGAGAUCUGUGAAAACGAAAAGACGCUAAAUUGAAGGCAGAAAUGUUUUUAUACGGUAUCAAAUUAUCAGAUUAAGUGUCUUAGAAAACAUGUCAGUACCAAGAGACAGACCUAUCAGAAACUGGAAGCAUUAAGGAUCAAGUUUAAUGAUCAGUUGUUAAUAACUUGAAUAUAAGGCAAAUAUAACCUCUGUUUGUUCAUGUCUAUUAAUAAAUGUAACUGUUUCUGAAAUAUUC